GUUUUGCAGUCGUUGAUGAGUGCAGCAAUUCCAAACGUCAUUGGUUGGAUUGCGAUCUCCUUUGCAAAAGGAACAAAAAUGGUCUACAAGCAUUUGGCCACACUAUACUUUGUUUUUGUCUUUGAUAGCUCUGAGAAUGAGCUUGCCAUGCUCGACCUCGUACAAGUGUUUGUUGAAACAUUGGACAGAUGCUUCAAGAAUGUAUGCGAGCUUGACAUCAUAUUUAACUUCAACAAGGUACCAUAUGUCCAUAUGAUCCUACCUUUUUUAUCCUUUUAUAAUAGAAUAGUGUGCCUAUCGAGGAUGCAGGGUUUCUAUCCUGCUGAAAAUUCCAUUUAUGAUUCUUCAAUUGCAUGUUGCAUGUUUUAGGCAGCAAAAAAGGUGGGACAUAGAAGCUGCAUCACCAUUUUUGAUAGCAGUUGGGUUAUCUGUUUCAAAUUACGCCUUUUUAUGCACAUGCCAUAUGCAGUACUGUGCAAAUCUGAAAGUUUGAGUAUAACAAAUGCCUGAAUCCAAGAAUCCCUGUUAUGCAGAAUAGUUAUACCAUUAUCUAUCCAUCUAAUUAAUUAUUGUGGUUGUAAUAGGCAAUAUAGAUAGGCUUCAAAUGGAUAAUUUUCUUAGGAGCUGGGUGGAGUUUGGAUGGCAGCUGCCUUAAAUGAUGGAGGGCACUGGGCACCCCUGGGAGAGAGGCUUUGGCUAAGCAGGGAGAUAGAGUUAAGAACUUGAGAUACAUAGGACUUCUAUUUUUUAAUUACAUUGUCUGCUUUGGCUC